AGUCCGUUGUGGUCCGAGACGACGCAGCUUACCAAGACGCCAAAGACAGAUUCUUGUCUUGCCAAAUUCACCGCUUUUCUUUGCUUUUACAAAGAGACCUACAUUCGCAGCCAUGCCGAUCUCCAAGGAGAUUCUGAUGCAUGGCGUCGCGGUGGCCCUGGUCACCGCCCACCUGCUCGGGGGAUCCAGCCCAUGGGUCUCCAAGUCCACCGCGGUCACGGUUGCCAUCGUCCAGAGCGUCAACGCGCUCGGGGCCCUGGCGGCUCGCCCGUACCAGCAGCGCGUGGAGGCGCAGCGGCGGCGGAAGGCUCGCCCCGAUGACGAGCUGGCGGCCAGCCUUGUCGCCACCGAGAGCUGGCUCACAGUCGCCGCCCGCUGCCGGCCCAGCGCGCGCGGAGUGGCCGCGCUCCAGUUCGCUGGCGGCGGCUGCGUGAUCUUCGCCCUCGCCCGUGGCCUGAAGCUCAGCGGCGCGCUGACCAAGCCGCAGCACGCCGUGCUGCCAGCACUCGUCCUGGCGCUCGGGGCACGCCUGCUCCUGAGGGCCCUGGCAGGAGGUCGCAAGCCCGAGCAGGAGAGCGCGGGCGAGCUCGAGCCAGAGCACGCCGACGACGAGGACGAGUGCUCCGACCCCGCCGAGGAUCCGUACCGCCCGUCCUUCUGGGAGGAUCUCACCGAGCAAGAGUCGGCCGAGGGGCCGCCCAGCUCGGAGCAGACGAGCGCCGACGUGUACCUCAAGUGCGUCCUCGGCAUGUGACGAAGGUCGCUGCGGGGUCUUCUGAUCAGCCGGCUGAGGCGCGGACGCCUGCUGCAGCCCCCACUCAUGCACCUCCUCCUCGUCCUCGUCAUCCUCCCAGUCAUCCGUACAGUGGGGUGAGAAGUGGGCUGCGCUGCGGCGAUGAGGCACGGGGUUCUGCGAUAGCAGGGGGCACGGGGGAAAACAUUCUGACCUCUUGCCAGCACGAUUGUCAG